AUGUCUACAUCCAUAUAUUCGGCGACUCCGCUUUCAGAUGCCGAUAUUGCGGUGAAGGCAAAAAAAUCUGUGGAAAAUGAGCUUGUUUGGCUAAUCUCAGAGGUGAUAGUUCCUGGCUUGCCCUCCUUGAGAGAUACAUUGGACUUCUGUCUACAACAAAUUGACGAUACAAACGAGACUGAAUUCAAACUGCCAUUAUCGUCACACAACUCGGAGAUCUUAAAAGGUGUGAUAACGAGAACUAAUUACAAAAUAACGGCUUUGAAUGUCUCCAUACGAAACAUUAAGACCCUGAACAGUGGAAGACCUUACAACAUCCAACUUAAUCCGGGCGAAACUUUGAUUUUGAAACAGGUUUUGUCUUGUCACGACUUUAUAUACAACGCUAUCAGCAUCAUAGACAAGGUUUAUGGCAGUCAUCAGGAUUCGUCAAUUCCCCAACUGACUCCCCUGGAGACGUUUAACCAGAUGCAGAAACUGGUCAAGGCGAUUCAGACUGCGAAAGAUGCUCUGAAAACACCUCCGAGAAGCAUUUUGUUUCCUGAAACCAGACUUGGCUCCAGAAAAUUCACGCCGCCGCUACCCUCUUUGGUUUCGCUGGACAUCUUUGUGAGCAAUGCCGAUGUGUCUAUAGAUUUCAGGAAGCUAUCUCCAGUAACUGCAAAACCGUGGGGAAUUAUAGUCCAUCCUGCGCAGAAGCUGAGUUUCGCGGAUGUGGUAAGAACGAGGAUAAGUCAGGACAGAACGAUGUCGGUACCAAACAUCAUCAAGGCUGAAUACAACAAGCUGGUGACGUGGAUAGACGAAAGGAAGCAGUCCAAGGAGAAGCAGGAAUCCAGUCCUUUGUCUGCGGUAAUAUCGCUAUUCUCGGGCAAUAAUGAACCUACCAUGAACAACCUGCUCAAGACUUCCAGCAAGUAUCUUGAGGAGUGUGUGACGUUUGUGGACUCGUCCAACUCGCCAAUCGUGGUAACUCUGGAUCAGUCGGCCGAGAUUAUGAGUCCUGACCCUGUACUUUUAUCAAUCAGUGUGAAACUGGAGAGUUUGGAGAAAUGUUGCACGAGGUUCUGCGAGAACCUUGAGACACUUCUGGGAUUGGUGCAUUGA